CGAUAUUUUUAAAAUAUCGAUAUAUAUGUUCGAUAUAUCGCAAAGUAUCGAUAUAACAUUACGAUAUAUUAUAUCGAAAAAAAUAUCGAUAUUUUUUUUACAUGAACAUCCCUACUCUAGAUGUUCGUGGAUCUGUGCGGGAUGCCCAGGAACGUCAGGAAGGCCAACUGAACGAGGACACGCUCGAUGCGGCAAUUAUCAAAGGCUAGUGCUGUCCCUCUCGCUCGCUACAGGGCUAAAACGCAUGUGAAGUUUGGUUCGACUGCGCCUGUGUCCCGUGACGUAUAGCAUACAUUGUUUUAACUUAUCUACUGCGUAGUUAGUCGGAGAGACUUUUAUUAUUAUGUACACUAAAUAUAUUUUACCUAAAUAAACUCUUCCUACAACAUAUGAAAUUAGAGUAACGCCAUUACGUAGGCUAUCCUUACAAUAUACACUCCUCGCAAAAAUUAAGGGAACAUAAAAAUUUUUGAAAUUUUUGGGUGAUUUUCAACAGGCUGUAUUUCAGUGAAAAAUAAUCGUACAGGAAAUUUAAAAAAAGGGUUUUGAAGCUUGAAAACUCUAGUUUUCAGAUUUUUUGGUGAAAAAUUUUUUUGAGCUCCGGUUUCCAUGCAAUUCUUAAACAAAGCUGAAAAUAAUUUUUUUCUAAAUUUUCUAGGUUUCGUUUUUCACUCUAUGGGCAUGGAAAAAUUUUUUCGAGCUACUCCAUUGUAUAGGUCUCUUAGCGUGUUUAUUCAGCUUCAAAAAUCGCUUUGGAUGGCUCAAUUACGACCAUUUGUCUCCGAGAUAUCGAACUUUGAAUGCAAAAGCAUCCUUUUCCAUUCAACUGCUAAUAUCUCUGGAACUACUGGUCGCACAGCAAGCAAAAAUUUUUCUUAAAAAUUUUCUUGAUUUUUUUCGAUUUUUUUUUUUGAUAAUGAAUUUUUAAAAAACAAAAAAUUGAGUAAAAAGUGAAAAACAAAUGAAAUUAUUGAUUUUUGAAUGGAUUAGGGUGAGUUUAAGGGACAAAAACCUUGUUCCCUUAUUUUUUCCAAAAUUUCAAUCAAUUGGUCCGGGAAAAACCGUUGAACCGAUCGCUCCAGGGAUUUAGGGGGUUCUUUAAGGAACAAUAGACUGUAAAAUUUUCCUCAAACCUUAGCUUUCUCGCCCAUAUUAGCGAAGAUACAGCCAAGUAACCAAAAAAGGAGAAAAAGUCACUUUUUUCCACUUUUUUCAAUUCAAUGUUAGAGGUGGAAAAAAAUUUUUUCUUCACUAACUCUUGACUGUGCUUAAUUGGAAAUUUUAUGCAGAUAAAGAAACUCGGCGCCCGCUUGCUGUGCGACCAGUAGUUCCAGAGAUAUUAGCAGUUGAAUGGAAAAGGAUGCUUUUGCAUUCAAAGUUCGAUAUAUCGGAGACAAAUGGUCGUAAUUGAGCCAUCCAAAGCGAUUUUUGAAGCUGAAUAAACACGCUAAGAGACCUAUACAAUGGAGUAGCUCGAAAAAAUUUUUCCAUGCCCAUAGAGUGAAAAACGAAACCUAGAAAAUUUAGAAAAAAAUUAUUUUCAGCUUUGUUUAAGAAUUGCAUGGAAACCGGAGCUCAAAAAAAUUUUUCACCAAAAAAUCUGAAAACUAGAGUUUUCAAGCUUCAAAACCCUUUUUUUAAAUUUCCUGUACGAUUAUUUUUCACUGAAAUACAGCCUGUUGAAAAUCACCCAAAAAUUUCAAAAAUUUUUAUGUUCCCUUAAUUUUUGCGAGGAGUGUAUUAAAUAUUAAAAAUAAUAAUAACCUUUUUGAGAAGCGCAUAACCUUCAAAUGUGUCUGUUUUUUUAGGACGUUUGUUCCGUUGUGGAACAGGCUAAGGUCGGAGACCAUGCUGUCUAGCCUUCAAUAUGAUAAAUUGUCUGGAAUCAAACGUGUCUGUGUUUAUAGCCUGACCAAUAAAAUAAAAAACCUCGCCAUAUUGCGGAAAACUAUUGGAACUAAUUUCUUCAACUGGCAACCAUCUAUAAGAGAUGUCAUUAUUGUCAUCUGUCAAAGUGUGUUGUCGAUUGUGCGUGGUGUAUUUCUUGGUUAAGUGAGUUAUUUCAGCGUUAAAAUGCCAAAAACGAUUAAAAGCCAGUUAAGAAAAGUUAUUUAUAAUAUAAAUAAUUACUUGUCAGAAAGAAGGUCUGAAGGAAUUGACUCUAUUCCUCUAAACAACAUCACGGACCUUGUUGUUAACAUGACUGGUAUAUCCCGAUCGUCCGUAAUGAAAAUACGAAGAGAAGGUCAGACCUCAGUUGUAUUUUCUACACCCAAGAAAAAUAAACCUAAAACAAAAAAGAAAAUCAAUUUGGAUGAUUUCGAUCUCUGUGCAAUUAGGCAUAAAUUACAAGAAUUUUAUGCCGUCCGAAAAGAAGUACCGAGUUUGAAGCGGUUGCUUGCAGCUCUGAAAGAAUCAAUAAAUUUUGUUGGUGGCAGGGAGUCUCUUCGUUUACUGUUACACACAUUAGGUUAUAAAUUUAAAAAAUGUAGAAAUCAAAGGACAAUUCUUAUGGAGCGGUAUGAUAUAGUAGCAUGGAGGGAUAGAUAUCUACAAGAAAUCAAAGAUGUAAGGAAGAGUGGUAUGCCAGUUGUAUACCUUGAUGAAAGUUAUAUUCAUACUUCGCUCAAUCAAGCUAAAUGCUGGCAAAGUGAAAAUGAGCCUGGUGGAUCUAAAUCUGUGGCUAAAGGCAAAAGAUAUGUCAUUGUCCAUUGUGGUGGCAAGACUGGGUUCGUCCCUAAUGCUUUAUUAAUUUAUAAUGACAAAGAAAAAAAAGAUUUCCAUGACGCCAUGAAUACAGUUAAUUUUAAGAAAUGGGUAUUGGAUAAAUUAAUACCCAAUUUGCAUGAACCUACCUGUAUAGUCAUGGACAACGCUAGAUAUCAUUCUAGCCAAAUCAACAAGCCACCGAGCAUGAUAAAUAGAAAAAAAGAAAUUACAGACUGGCUUUCAUCAAAUAAUAUUGCCUACCCUACCAAUGCUACCAAAAGUAUGCUAAUGGUUAUAGUAAAACAAAAUAAACCUGACCCAAUAUAUGAAAUAGAUCAUUUAGUACAGGAUUAUGGUCACAAAAUAGUAAGACUGCCUCCUUAUCAUUGUGACCUCAAUCCUAUUGAGAUGAUAUGGGGCAUAGUAAAAGGGAAGGUUGCCACAAAGAAUGUUGGUUUAGACAAUAUCACAUUCAUGCAGCUUGUAAAAAACUGUUUUGAGGAUACAUGGAAUAAUUGUUGUGAGCAUACAAAGAAAAUAGAAUAAGAUUUUAGACAAAGGGGACCAGUAAUUGACGGAGAAAUUGAAAAAUUUAUUAUAAAUGUUGGUGACGAUAGUGAAACAUCCAGUGAUACAAGUAGCAAUGAAUCUGUUAUAUCUGAAAUUGAAACACAACAAUCAGACAAUGAAGAUCAUGAAACAUAUGAAUCUGUUGAAUAUUUGGAUUCUGACUUUGAAGA